UCAGUGCAGUGGGCGGUCAAGCACACUACCGAGGACUGCUCACUCCUUUAGUACCUAUUCCAUCAACAUGUAUAACCAAACUGAAAAUUCCUACUACGAUGCACACUUUGCACCUUUCAAGUCUGGAGGGCCGAGUGAUGUGGAGAUGCUGGGCGCAGGACUGACGGGGGAAGACCUCGCCGCGGUGCCAGAGCACUGGCUCUCGUUCCCCGCACCUCCAGCCAGUGCCCACACCGCGCUGGCUUUGCUCUACACAUUCUUUACUGCUGCCGCUCUCUUAGGAAACGGCCUGGUCAUUUUCAUAUUCUCUACAACAAAGAGCUUAAGGACUUCCAGCAAUCUUUUGAUUCUACAAUUAGCCAUAUUAGACUUUAUAAUGAUGGCAAAAGCCCCAAUAUUUAUAUACAACAGUGCAAUGCGAGGCUUUGCUAGUGGGACCGUCGGUUGUCAAAUAUUUGCGUUGAUGGGUGCGUACAGCGGUAUUGGUGCUGGCAUGACUAAUGCAUGCAUUGCCUACGACAGACAUUCAACAAUCACCCGGCCCUUAGACGGACGACUCUCCCGCGGAAAAGCUCUACUGAUGAUGGCAUUCGUCUGGAUAUAUAGCACACCAUGGGCACUUCUACCACUGUUCAAAAUCUGGGGCAGAUACGUACCUGAGGGUUAUUUAACAUCCUGUACUUUCGACUACUUGACCAAUACAUUCGACACUAAACUAUUUGUUGCCUGCAUUUUCACCUGCAGCUAUGUAUUCCCUAUGUCGAUGAUUAUAUAUUUUUACAGUGGUAUAGUAAAGCAGGUUUUUGCACAUGAAGCUGCAUUGAGAGAACAAGCCAAGAAGAUGAACGUGGAAUCGCUUAGAGCCAACCAGAGCUCAGGCGCAGAAUCAGCUGAAAUCCGGAUAGCCAAAGCGGCUCUUACCGUAUGCUUCCUGUUUGUGGCGUCGUGGACUCCCUACGGCGUGAUGGCACUUAUAGGAGCUUUCGGGGACCAACAACUUCUCACACCAGGGGUUACCAUGAUUCCUGCUGUAGCUUGCAAAGCUGUCGCCUGUAUAGAUCCCUGGGUUUAUGCAAUCAGUCAUCCGAAAUAUAGACAAGAGCUUCAGCGCCGCAUGCCCUGGCUGCAAAUUCAAGAACCUGAUGAUACUGUUUCUACCGCAACUAGCAAUACGGUGUCUAAUGCUCCACCUGCAGCGCCAGCAUAGACUAGCUUGCCUCAUUUUAUACCUAAUUUAAGCUCAAAUUCUCUACAAACUGCAAUGAAAAGUACAUAAACAACAAAAAUUGUCAUUUAUGUAGGGAGAGUUAAGGAAAUCGUUUUAUCGUGUUGAUGGUACCUCCCAAAAUUGCCGACGAACGCAAUAUAAUUUUAGUAAUUGUAAGUUAGUUAUAGCUUAAAAUAAACACUCUCAAUACAGUAUUGACAUAUUUCAGUAGGCCCAAAGACAUACAUGAUUUUUAAGGAUAUUUACAAGAAAGUUUAUGAAUCACACAUAAAAAAUACAGUAUUGACUGAAAAAUAUAACAUUAGACCAUUCUGUUUUCUCGUUUUCGUUGUACUUAAGCAAUAAAAAAAUAUUGUGUCUUCAAGGCCCGAGUGAAUAGGUUGCUUAUGGGAUGCAGAUGUGCUCCAUCAUAGGCUGCAUUAUCGCUUACCACCAGGCGAGAUAGUGGCCAAACGUAGGCCCAUCAAAUAUACCUAAAAGAAAACUAUAUAGUUCUAAUACGUUUGCAAGUUGUAAAUCAUGUAAUGAUUAAUCAAGUAUAUUGUAGGUAUUUUAAAAUAAUUUUACAAAAACUGAGGCUAAUUUAACCCGUCAUUAAUUAAUAUUACCUAAAAUCGUUCAUUUUGUUUGUCUACUCCUAGAAGGCCUUACUGUUUCUGUCAAUGUAUUCUGUAAAUGCUACCAAUAUAUAACCAAUUCAUAAAUAUUGUUUUCUAAACGAUGACUAUGGCAUGUUUAACGGACUGAAAUAUAUUAUUAUUACUUACAAGUGUAACUUAAAUGCUUACAUGAAAUAACAAAUUAUGAAAAAAAAAAAUUCUUAUUAAAUCGUUUGU